AGCCACAGAACAGUUUAUGCAAACCAACCCUCCUUGUUUUGUGUUGACACGUGAAGGAGUUGUCUCUGAAAACUGGUCUCUGCAACUUCAUCUUUGUCUCUGUGGUGACAGUCUUCAAGUGAUGAUGAUGGGGGUACUGACGCAUCUCUCUGCUCUUCUUCUUUUCUCUUACCUUCACACUGCGCUCUCAGAGGUGGUGGUGAAGUUCGAUCCAAAGUGCAAGGGGUUCUUCCUGGAUGAGAAGACUCCAAAUAUCCCGGGUAUUUUGCUUGAUGGGACUGCACAGAACCAUUACAAACCGAUUUGCCAGUUGUUCGACAACAUCUACAGGUAUGCAACUCUUUAUGACACGGCCAAUAGGAUCCCUGUGUUCUCAGCCUACACCUUCAUUGGUUCUGGGAGCGACAGCAUCAAAAGGCCAGCAUGGAAGAUAGAACCCCAGCUGGAUGAAGAGAAAGAUCCCAAUAUGGCACUGGCUACGCCGGGAACCAAUUACCCAAAUCAGGCUGUCAAAGAAGACUAUGUUGGGGCAGAGGACACACACAAGGUGAACAGAGGUCACAUGUUUCCAAAUGAGCAUGCGCAUGAUAUAGAAAGCAAGAAUUCCACCUUUACCCUGACCAACUGCGUUCCGCAAGCAGUGUCCUCAAAUGCGUUUAGCUGGUGUAACAUGGAGAAAAGUGUCAAAAAGAUUCUUGAGAGCAACUGUAAGGAUGCUAACAACAAGAUAAAAGCCUAUGUGGUGACCGGAGCGGUGCCCAGUAACGGCAACACACUGAAGAACCGAGUGAAUAUCCCAUCUUACCUGUGGUCUGCCUAUUGUUGUUACAACAGAAACCUGGGUGAGUGGAUGGGCAAGGGAUAUUGGAGCGAGAAUGUAGAAGAGGUGUGUGGGAAAAAAAGGUUGAAACCACUUGCGUUGACAGAUCUGUAUGAAAAACUGAACGUAAUCUACCCCGGAGGAGAAGUCAGUGUAUUCCCCCAGCAGUGUUCAAGUGGUUUACAGCUCAGGUUAGCAGGGGAAGAUUUAGAUUCGGAUGGGGAGGACGGAGGAAGAGAUGGACAUGGGCAAGAAGAGGAUAAUGAGUGUGCCUGUCCUUCCGGAAGGGCUGUAGAACACGUAGACAACUGAAUCUAGCUGCCGGACAAAUGCAAUGGUAUUGACCGCAAAUAGCCCAAAUACAUAUUGUAUUUGACAUGAAUAUACCGUAAUAUUUUCAAACAUUGAUUACAUAAAUGCAAUCAAUAUGUUUCUGUAUAUAUUCAUGGGUAUAUUUUAAGACUUCCUUGAUUAAAAUCAUUUUACCUGAA